AUGGAGCAAACCAUGAUUUUGAUUACUGAUGGAGUUGCAGAUGGGGUAGCAAAGGAGGGGGAGAAAGAGCAUGUGAUAGAACAACAGAUGGCCUUGGUUAUGGAUGGGGCUGUGGAAUGUAGAGAGCUAUCGCAAAGUUUAGAGGUGGUUGAUGCCAAUGAGUUAUGGGAUGCCGACUGUCCUGGUGGUGUAAUGGCCAUGAGGGGUAGACUCGAAGCUAGCAUAUUAAAUGACAACAUCAACGAUUACAUGUUUCAAGGCCUACUUCUUAGAGCCAAUUGGUUUAAACUUUUGAUUUUGGACAACCUGGAAGACAUUUAUGAUGAUGCUGAAGAUUAUUAUCCAUAUGAAGAUGAAGAAGACGACCUAGAUGAAGUUUACUUUAGCAGUUCAGCAAAUCAUCAGGAAUCAAAGGUGGGGGGAGAUAAUGGUUAUGUCAAGUCAGGAUGCCAAGAAGCAAGGCUAGUCUAUCAACCAAAUUUCCAGGACACUGGUGCUGGUUCAUCCUCAGAACCUUUGGAGGCUGCAAAAAGUGCAACUGGGCGACGGGCAAAACGGGAACUCAAAUAUGAAGCUGCUGAUAAACCUACUGCAAGAAAGCACCAGCAACAUCUGCUAAGGUUGGGUCGAACAUGA